ACUGUGUGUCAGAGGCUCAAACCCUCCGCACUGAUCACAUCUCCUCUGGUCUCCUCUGGUCUCCUCUGUCUCCUCCGGUCUCCUCCGGUCUCCUCUGUCUCCUCUGUCUCCUCUGGUGUGAAUUUAAAUUUUGAAGAUGUGCUGUACAGGGAAGUGCGCUCGUCUGGUGGGUCUGAUCCUCCUGCCUUCAGCCUUCGUCUGCAUUCUCUCCAACAUUCUACUCUUCUUUCCUGAUGGGAAAAGUCUGGAGACGGAACACAUCUCCGUGCAGGUCUGGUUGAUGGGAGGACUGAUCGGAGGAGGUCUCUUUAUGUUGUGUCCGAGCUGUUCCGCCAUCAGAGCUGGGGGCAAAGGUUGCUGUGGAGCUGGUUGCUGUGGAAACCGUUGCCGGAUGUUCAACUCCGUCUUCUGCUCGGCCUUCGGUGUGGUCGGAGCGCUCUACUGCAUCAGUGUGGCCUCAAGCGCUCUGGCCAUUGGACCCCAGUGUCAGGUGGCAGAUAACUCGUGGGAAUAUCCGUUUGAAAAAUUGGGAACAGGAAACACCAGCUACCUGGUGAACCAGGAGCUGUGGUCCUUGUGCAUCUUCCCCAAAAAUAUCGUCUUGUGGAACGUGGUCCUGUUCUCCAUCCUGCUGAGCAUGGGCGUCCUGCAGCUGGUGCUGUGUGGCAUCCAGGUGGUGAACGGCUGCAUCGGCUGCAUCUGUGGAGACUGUCGCGACAGCAAAGACGACGACGGUGGACUGUGAAGGUGAAGCUGAGUGGACCACAGGCGGACGCUGCCUCAGGAGAUUUGGACUCAUUCAUUUCUCGGCACUUCAUCUUAAAAACGCCAUCACUACCGUGUUUGUUUGUGUUUUGGAAUGAUUUGUGAAUUAAAGUGGAAUCAAAGUCAGCACAGGACAAAUGAUGGCAGGAAACAGUGGGUAUUAUUAUUCAUAUUAUUAAUGCUGUUGUAGAAACAGCACAUAUGUACAAGCUUCGAUGUGUCUAUUUAAUCCUAAUUGUGUGCAGCAGACGUGACCCACUCUACAAAUACAAAUGUACUAAGAUGUUUUUCCUGUAAAAACUAAAGAUGUAUAAUUGACACAGA